CUUCUGCUUUUUUGUGGUAUAUGGAUCUUGUUUGAUUACGGGACAGUGUUGAUCAACAGCGUGGUGACUGUCACGUCCAGUGAAACUUUUACACGGCAUUGUUCUUUGUGAAAUUAUCCAGACAUCAGCUAUGUUUUUGCUUGAGGCAGAGUCGCUGGACUGCAUGAGUAAUCUUUUUGAAAGCGGGUUUGCGGUGAAUGGAGGUUUGGAUGUUUCCGGACAGUCUCCUGCGCAUUUCGCGGCAUGCGGAGGCCAGGCUUUCUGCUUGCUUUGGCUGUUGCAAACCGGUGCUGAUGCAAACCAGCAGGAUGCGAAUGGAGAGACACCCAUGCAUAAAGCAGCCAGAGCGGGAAGUUUGGAGUGCAUCAGUGUGCUAAUGGCAAGUGAUGCGCAUUUCGACAUUUGCAACAGCGCUGGACAGACAGCUGAAGAUAUUGCAUGGUCUUGUGGGUUUGAAGAGUGCGGGAGGUUUUUAAACAUGCAUCGCAGAACACAGGACUUAAAGAACGCUUCAUUAUCAUCCCUCACUGAACGGCACAUGCUGAGCAGCACUCUCGCAGGACAGAAAAGAGGCCGCACAAGCUCCAGCGCUCAAGACGGAAAGAAAGCACGGGACUGGUGAUGAAUGUUCUCAUAAAGAGAGAGAAUUUGAAUGAACUUAUAGGCUGUUUAACCAUUACUGGAGUGAAUGGUAAACAGAUGCAUCAGUAUGUCAUCAAGAGUCUGAAUUACUGGUGGACAUUUGGUAUUGAGCCUAUACUGUAGUCUCAA